AUGAUGGAAUGUGGCCCUCAAGCUGCUAAGGGUUCCCUUUCCCCCUUUUAAAGGCUUGCACUAGGGAUAAGGGGACCUGUGGCCCUCCAAAUGGUUUACAGUUCCCAUCCUCCCUGACCGCUGGCCACAAUGAAUGUCUCAGGGACUGCCUUCUCCAGUACAGCCUCGGUUUUUAAGCUCACCUGUUGAGGUCCUGAGCCAAGUUCUAGCCUCUUGUGGGUUGCAGCUGUCACUUACCUGAAAUUGGCCUUUUCUUUGGUGGCUCCAUGAAUGAUGGAACAUGCUCUCCCAGGGACAUAGGAAACAGCUGGUCCAUCUAGCUCUAUACUGUAGACACUGGCUGGCAGCAACUCUCCGGAGUUUUGGUCAGGGACUGUUCCUAGUCCUACCUGGGGAUGCUACGGAUUGAACCAGGGACCGUCUCUGUGCAAGGAAAUGGCCGUGCUUUUGAGCUACUGCCCUUCUGCGUGCCUUCUUCCCUGGUCUUGCUUCAAACAUUAAAUAACUAAUAAUAAUAAUUUUGGACCCAGGUGGCGCUGUGGGUUAAACCACAGAGCCUAGGGCUUGCUGAUCAUAAGGUGGGUGGUUCGAAUCCGCCCCCCUCCCCCACCGGGUGAGCUCCCGUUGCUCGGUCCCAGCUCCUGCCAACCUAGCAGUUCGAAAGCAUGUCAAAGUGCAAGUAGAUAAAUAGGUACCGCUACAGCGGGAAGGUAAAUGGUGUUUCUGUGUGCUGCUCUGGUUCUCCAGAAGCGGCUUUGUCAUGCUGGCCACAUGACCUGGAAGCUGUAAGGCGGCUCCCUUGGCCAAUAACGUGAGUUGAGCGCCGCAACCCCAGAGUCGGUCACGACUGGACCUAAUGGUCAGGGGUCCCUUUACCUUUACUGUAAUAAUUUUGGAAUUGGUCUCAGAGCAUGUGCGGUGUGUCUUUCGCGAGCACUCGUCCUCGGCGGGCUGCAUAGGGGCGGGAUUAGAGGAGAGACCUCCCAGGACAGGCAGCAAUGGCUUUCGGAGGAGGAGGAGGAGAACUUUGGAGAACUUUGAAAUGAACCCACCGCCGCUUCUUCCACUUACGCCUCUCCUGCUCUGCUCUGCUCCGCCGCUGCUCCGUUUCCCUCUAGCGGCGGGCGGCGGGAUCGUCGGGAAGGGAAGUCGGAAGCGCCGCUUUGCCCAGGACCGGAGAUCAGCUGAGCGGCUGCAAUUGCAAAGCGGAGGUGGAGGAGCGAGCGAGGCCCGCAGUCUUUUGUCGGCCAUGGGGUCAAGGAGCGGCGAAGGCUGGGCCAGUGCAGUUGCUUCUUUCCGCUCGUGCCCCACAGCCUUCCUCUCCCAUGGGGCCGGCGACACCUUUGUGGCUGAGCUGUUGCAGGAGCUUCGAGGCGAGAGGCUGGGAGAGCAGGUCAAGAUCUCCAUGUUGACCCUCCUUUUGGAGUACCCCACCCUGUUGUGCCCAGACGCCAAGGCUGGGCAAGAGGUGGCCGCGUCCCUCCUCUCCCUCUUUGGCCAGCUGGGCGCCUCGUCCAAGCAGCAGGCGUAUUUCCGGUGCCAACUCCUCUAUGCCAUGGCAACAGUACUGGUGGCCACGGACUCCUUCGCCGAGAGCUGCCAGACUGCCCAUGAAUACUUCUCCCUGCUGCUGCAACUGGCGUCCGACCUCAAUGACUGCCGUGGGGGAGCCACGGAGCGCCCCGUGCGAGUCGCGGCUUGCGAGUGCCUGCGGGAGCUUGAGAGCUGCUACCCGGGGCUCCUCUCUCAGCGCCUGGCCGUCCUGCGCUCCCUGCAACACCAGGAGACGUCGCCCGCCCACCAGGGCUACACACUGCUCUACGGGCUGGCCUUGAGGAACGCCAUCUUGCGCUUGGCCAGGCGGGGGGGCCUAGGGACUCUGGGGGAGCUCCUGGAGAGCAAAGAGGGACUGGUGUGGGAGGCCACCAGGGAACUGGGGGACCUUUCUGUGGCGACCCUCGAGCAGCUGGCCCUGCUCCCCUCACCAGGCGAUGUCAAGGACCUGAAAGCUGUGGUGUCGUCCCUCCUUGACAGCUCCUACCUCCUGUCGCCUGUGGCCCAGAGCCACCUCCUGUGGCAGCUGGCCCAGGCCGUCAGCGUCGUCCGCACCCAGUCUCCCGCCAUCUUCAAGGCACAGCUGGUGCGCCUCUUUGGCACGGCGGGGGUGGCGCUCCAGCAUGCCGUCUUGCAGCUCAAGGGCCUCUUCACCGAUAGCCUCUUCACGGCCGAGGACGAGGCCUUCCUGCUGCGCCGCCUCGUGGGUCUGGCCCAGCACCCGGCUUUGCCUGUCCCGGUGAAGCUCUUCCACUUGGACUGCCUCCUGCACUUCCCUGAAAACCGGCCGCUGGGCUCGGCCACGGAGGACGAGGGCCUGCCGGUCUUGCUCACCCCUCGCACUACAUCCGGCCUGUUCCCCGGCCUCUUCCAGGACCAGGGCACUGUUUUGGCCCGGCUGAACCUGCUGUGCCUGGUGUGUGUGGAGAGCGAAGGCCCAACGGCCGAGCGUGCUGUGGGAUACCUCCUGGAGCACGUGUUGACCCUCGGGGGGCUGGUGGCCAGGGGAGGAGGACCGGAGGCCACCCGGCUUUUUUUCCGGGCAGCCUUCCUAUUUGCCCGCUACUUUGGUUCCCGAGGGCAGCUGAUGGCAGAGCUCACCCAGUGCCUCCUGGGCCUGUACCGCCAGAACUGUGCCCUGGCGCCGAACCUGAUCGAUCUUUUGGACGAGGCGUGGAAGUUUCCAGAAGAGGGCGGCUGGGCCGGCGGGCUGGCCCAGGCCUUGCAAGGGCUCGUCGUGGGCGUUCCCUUGCAAGAGGAGGACUUGCCAUGGCACCUCAAGGUCUUGGCGCGGCUGGCAAAGGAAAAGGACGUCCCUCAGGGGAGCACCAUGCAGUUUCUGAGGCGCCUGGUAGCCUCAGGCCGCCUUGGGGGCUGGGGCUCGGGGCAGGUCCUCCUGAGCGUCUGCCGCAACUUGAUGCAGCUGCGCCCGCUGCCCGCCCCGGCCCACUUAGCCGACCUCCUGCAGGCUGUGUCUCUAAGCCACCUGGACGUGGACGUGCGAGACCGGGCUCAGUUCUACUACACCUUGCUGGCCAACCUCUCUGGCGAGAAGCUCGGGGCCGUGCUAGCUCCGGGAGGUGCGGUCAAGGCCCGGACGCUCUCCUCCUCCAUCGUGGCCGACAGCCAGAGCUUUGUGGCCUCUCUGACCGUGCACCCAGUGCAGCCAGCCCCACUGAGGCUGCGGCGGGUGGGGGCGAGCGGCAACAGGCCUGAGCAGGCCCCUCGCCCUGAGCAAGACGUGGAGGGCUAUUGCCAGUGGUUGCUGGAGCCCCGCACCCCAUCGCAGCUCAGCUUGACGUACCAGCUGGUCCACAUGGGUCCUGCCAGCCCCCCCUACGACCUCCUGCUCUGCGUGGUCCUUCGCUUCACGUGCUCCGACCGGCACUACGAGCCCGUCCCAGAACUGUGCGUGCCCUGUCUCUCGGCAGCGCGCCCUCCCCAGACGCUGACGCUCACGCUGCAGCCACGCUGCCCCUACCCGACGCGGCUGGGUGUUUUUGCUCUCUACACAACCCAGGAAGGCCUUACGCGCUCCAGCCAGCUGGAGCCAUUGGAGGUAGCCUUUCCCGAUCUCUUCAUGCCCCUGGCGGUGCCUUCCUGGAGUUUAGAAAAGCGCCGUCGUCUCUUUGGCACCCUCUGGCAACGCCUUCACCCCGACAGCAAUGAAGCGGGCGCCGAAAGCCUCACCACUUGGCCCGUGGCACCUCAGUCCCUGCCAUCCCUUGUAUGUGAUCACUUUUCCCGGUACGUUUUGGCCGAGCAGUCAGGCUCCUACGAAAUUGGCAUGGCCCUCCCUCCCCAGUACCACAUUCUCCUCCGGGUGCAGAGUGUGGGAGAGGCAGCCUGCGUGGGCAUUCGCACAGACAACUGGAGACUGCUGCCCUCGUUGAACAGCUACUUGCAAAGUCUCACGGAAACGAAUUGAAAGAAUGGAUUGUGGGGUGGGGGGAAAGCAGUCUGGGCUUGUAUAUCUGUUAAACAUUUUUGCAUUCCCAAAAUAAAUAAAUGCACACGUA